AUGUUCCGAAGGAGGGCCCCGGAGGUGGUGCGCCGCUCCGUAAUGGGGGCGGUCGCUAGGGCGGAGGAGGCGGACGAGACGCUGACGCAGAUCCUUCAGGUCUUUAGGGGGGCGGCGGAGCCGUUCUCGGACCUUGACGAGACCAUCGAAGGCGAUGGCAGCGCAAGGCGGCAGGGUGCGCAGGCGACCCCCGCAUCGUCCCCCGCCAUUCUUACCUCCAGGGGCUUCUCCGCCUCGCUAACGUGCCCCAAGAAGUUUUACUUGCUGCAAAAGCGUCAGGACCUGAUUCCCAACAUGUCCAUCGGUGAGGCUGUGCGCCUCGAUGAUGGGGCAGCAUUCAACGAACUCGCGCGGAGGUGGGAUCGCCUCCAAUUCGGUAGUCGAGCCGUCGUUGUGCAUGAACGGGACUUCGAUCAGGCGGUGCAGCGGACAGAAGACACCCUUGUGAGGUACUUCCAAACUGUGCAUGCGCAGUUGGGCGAGCAGGCACCGUCCCUGACCAUUCACCGCCCGGCCUUCGCCGCACCGUUUGGUGGCAACUCCAUGUCACCAACCGCGGCAAGUCCUGUGGAGCUGCGGGCACGACCAGCGGUGUUGCGGUUUCGCCCAAAGGACAAUCAGUGGGUUAUUAUUGAUGCGGCAGCGGUGAUUGACCCAUUCGGAAACGCCACGCGCCUUGGGCAGUGUCUUCAGCGUCUGCAUUUCACAACCAUUGCCUUUCGUUACUGGAUAACCCAGGCACACAUCCCAAUCCAGAUACGCAAGCGCUUCCUAAACAUUGACCUCGACACCGUGACGGAGGAAAGCCUCAAGGGUCAUCGGCUGGAAUCCACGGCACAAGUGGCGGUGCCACUUGACUUAAAACGCAGUGGCUUCCUGCAUAUUCGACAAUUUUUCCCCGGGCCCGUGACACUCAUGGAUUGCGACCCGUCGCGCCUGGUGAAGUAUGUGCAGCGACUCUCCUUGGAAGACAUGCUGGAGGCGGACACAAAUUCCAACCAUCGUACCACUGGGGCCUUGGAUUUCAGCAGCAUCAGUUUGCGCGAGGAACCGCUUCUGGCGGAGCUGCAGAAGGAAGUGGAAACACUGCAGAAGCGUGGUGUAGACCAUCGGCACCUAGGCACUAGUACCUCUAGUCGAGUCGCAAAGAGGAAGGAAACAGAACUGCGUGAGCUCUUCGCGGCGCAGCAAAAACUUUUAGAAUCCCUCAUUUGUACGCGUACGCUGCGGCUUAUCGAGCAGGGCCAUGACGCUGCAAACGUGCAGAAGUGGACGAAUUUUGCGCACCACGAUGAUGCCAUUGUGAAGUCCACCUUCGGCGAAGGAGACGAGGCCCGCGACGAGGAUUCACUCGAAGGUAAAGGCAACCGAAGGAAGAGUCCGGCUUCGAAGACGAGAAAGAAGGAGGAGGCGAGUGGCGUUGCAGGCCACAACAAUGGCAGUCACUUGCCCGGCGUGCCGGCGUACUCGGAGUUCAUAGGCGCCCACUGCUCCCGCGGUGACGUCUGCCCUUUCUUCGCGGAGGGGUUGUGUCUGCCAAACAAAAUUGAGGACCCGCUGAUGCAGUCUGACAACCACCUCUUUACCCUCCCCUCGACGGCUAUUUCACGCAAAGCGAUGUGGUGGACGCAGGGGCUUCGUACCGCGCGCGAUGUGUUGUACCAGUAUAAGAAAGGGACGAUAAAGCUAACUGCGCCGCAGCUGCGUCACGUGAAGGCCGUUGCUGCAGGCAAACUGGGUCUAAACCCAAAGGAAAUUGAGGACUUCUUCUCGCGCAUCCGUUAUCCGGUGUUUUUUAUUGACUUUGAGGCGACGCAGUUUGCCCUGCCACCCUUUGAGAAGUUGGUGGCGUACCAGCCCACCCCGUUUCAGUUUUCCAUCGAUGUGUUUCAGGAGGACAUCCUCACCGAGACCCCCACCCAUUACGACUAUCUGCACUUCGGCAAGGGGUACUCGCCCAACGUUGAUCCGCGCCACGGGUGCGUCGAGGAGUUGAUGCGCAUUGUGCAUCUUGAGCGCGCGAAGAAGCGGCAGGCAAUGGAGGACUUAGGCGAACUUGAGCGGAUACGGAAGCAAAAACUGCUUCUCGAGCAGGAGGAGCGGGAGGCGGCAAAAGGGGCAAAACGACGCGGGCGAGCGCCGAUCAAGCCCAAGCCUCUCCGCAUAACGAAGCAUAACCCGUUGUCGGAGCCUCUUCACCCAUACGAUGGCUGCUUUAUUGCACACUUUGCAAGUUUUGAAAAGUCGUGUUUGGAGAAGCUCGGUCAAUUGGUGGAUGAGCACAAGGAGGAGAUCAAGCAGUUUUACUUUUUGGACACACUGGAUUUGUUUAAGCGCGGCAUUGUUCACCCCAAUGCACAAGGCUCCAAUUCUUUGAAGAAGGUUCUCCCUGCGCUCUGCCCAGACUUUCAGUACGGCGUCUUUGGUGAGGAGGGAAGUGGCGAGGACGCUGACGCGGCGGACGUGGACGCGGGCAACGGCGGCAGACAAGAUGAGCAGAAGGGCGAAAAUGCGAUGGGUGUGUAUCGUCUCUGGUACCACCACGAGGGCGGGGGUUCGCUUAAGGAUCUCCGUCAGGUUGCCAUGCGAGACUCCCAGCGCCGAGGCGCGAGCGACGCGCCUGUGCAGGGGCAGCAGAGGGGGCUGUUGCUGCCGCCGACCCGCAAGGAGUUGCGAGACAGGGCGUGGGCCUCGCUGCGGAUUCAGCUCCUGGAGUACUGCUCGCUAGACACCAGGGCGCUCUACGAAAUCAUGCGCCAGGUGUGGCGGGAGAAGGAGGCGGCGAAGGGGGUCAAGCCGGAUAAGGGCGGCUGGGUCAUGACAACCCCGCUUCCUCGCGAGUUUGACUUGUGA